GGCCUCAACAAGACUGUCAUGGACAGUGCCGACAUGGAGGAGACGAUGUGUACCAACACGACCAUCGCACAGAACACCACCCUCACCCACCCACAGUAUGACGAGGAUUCGGACAUUGACGAUUCAGACAUCGAGGAUAAGAAAGUGGAUACUCUUUCCUUCAUAUCCAAACUAAUGAAAGCUCCCAAAAGAUGUGAUGAUGAGCCGCUUAUCAAGUCCAUGGAAGACUCUGAUGAAGAGGAGUACAAGGCUAGCAGCUUCUUCAGAGGCGGCAAAGGAGGAUUCUUCAGCAAUCGAUGUCGAUUCUGACGAUGAGGAGGAACCCGUGGGCAAGAUCGACAGCAAAGCUUUCCUCUCUAAACUAAAAAGCAUCACUACCAUGUCCAAGCAGUUUGCUCAGGAAGAAGAGAAGAGAAAAGAGAAAGAGAAUCACACAGUUAUAUUCGAUGGCUUGGAUGGCGAGAUGGAAGUAACGGGUAAUUUCACCGGUGUGUUGCAGAGCAUCAAGAAGAGGAAGAGCGUGGGGAACGUACUGGAGUCAACGCGUAUAUUUGCAGAGAAUGAUGAUGGCAUGGAAAUGACAACCAACUUGACCUGCAACCUGGAGGUGGUGAAAAGCAAUCUGCCAAUAUCUGAGCUAAAUGCAUCCAAAGGUCAAGUCAGUCAGAUUGGUCGUUCGGAACUCGGAACAAGCACAUUGAUGGGGAGGAGCACUAAUCCUGGUCUUGAACAGACGAGAGUAUUCACAGAUUAUGAAGAUCCAACCACGCACAUGGAUUUCACAGUUGCAGGAGGUGGGAUACAGAGCAAUGCCCACAGUGUAACUGCUAGGACAGAGGGAGACGGACUCCCUGAGGGAGGGGACAGGACAGGGAGUUGUCCGCAGGGCACUGCCAUGCCCAAACAUGCAACAGCAGUUGUGGGGAAGACUACUUCUCCGUCUGAAGUGACCAUACGCUUUGGUCAUCAGGAGAUCGAUGCCGACAUGGAGAUGACUGAAGCUCUGGACCCGACGCUUAUUAUCAGCAGCAGUGGUGGGGGAACCACCAUGGUGAAGAAGGCUCCGGACCAGUCUUCCAGAUCUCAUAACAGAGCCUUGACAGAUGUCACGGCCGAUUUUGGGGCAGAUGGACUCAAGGCUCGAAGGGAUGAAGGGAGGCGAAGAAUUCCAAGUAUCUCACCCGUGGACAUGGAUAAAGAAAACAUCACUGUGCAUUUCAAGAUGGCAGACACACAGGGUGAGAUGGACUUCACGUCAUGUCUGACGACCCAGGUGGAGGGACAAAACAACAAGGGUGUUGUGUCUCGGGAAUGCACCACCACCAGUGUUGCUCUUGAGAAGACACAGAUUUUUGGGGCCUCAGACGAUGUUGGAAAUAUGGAGAUGACAGCUUGCCUUGUAACCAGGAAUACAGUACAGAAUGUUACCACUCAUAUUGAUGACACUGUAUCGUUUAAGCAGAAAGUACCUCAGCCUGAUAGAACAGGGAAGGCUGUUCCGAGUUCCAGUGGUGAAGAUGUGACAAGAGUUUUUGGUAAGGAUGACAUGACAGCUGCCAUGGAGUUGACAGGAUGCCAGGGGAUGCUGACUGUCAAGCAGCCGCAGCCUAAUAGUACGUGUUCAAAAGAGAAAACCAGGGUCUUUGACGCAGGAGAUGUGACUGCAGCCAUGGAGCUGACUGAGUGUGUCAGUGCUAAGGUAAAGAGGGAAUCCUCAGAAGGUAAAUCAGAUAAUAAAACUGUACACUUCGAGCGACAAGGAGGAUCUAUGGAACUUACAUCAUGCCAGCCUGGUUUGGUUUUGGCAGCUCAGGGUGAAGGUCAGUCUGAGACAACCAGGGUGUUUGGUGCAGCAGAUGUGACUGCAGCGAUGGAGUUUACUGAGUGUGUCACUGCUAACAUUAAGAGAGCAUCAUCAGAAGGUAAAACAGGUGAUAAGACUAUUCACUUUGAGCAACGAGGAGGUUCUAUGGAACUUACAUCAUGCCAGCCAGGCAUCGUGUCAGACGGUCAGGGUGAAGGUCAGUCUGAGAGAACCCGAGUGUUUGGUGCCACAGAUGUGACAGCAGCCAUGGAUAUGACUGAGUGUCAACCCAGCAGAGUCUCCACAGCAGCAGCAGAGCAGGGUGAUCUUCAAGAAUCCAAGAAGGCUGAAGUAACUGAAGAUGGAACAAUGGGUAGAAGCGGAGAACGUGGCCGUUCCUUACCAGGAGUCUGCACUGACUCGGUGCCAGCCGACAAAAGUCUGCAGCAGAGGAGGAGUCUGUGCAGUGGGUCCAUAAACCCUGCUCCUCCACAGGUGGAUGGCUUCAGCACUCAGAGUCUCAAGAGGAAGCUCUACAGCUUCGACAUGAUGAUGGCUGGAGCAAAGGCCAAGACAGUUAAAGUAGCCAAAUUAAAUAAGGCAGAAAGCUGUGGUGACAAGGAUACAGAAGUAUGUUCAGACAGUAACACGAAAGUUGACCAAAGUCCUCAAAAAGAAUCUCAAAUCUCAUCUGCAGAUUCAGAACAGGCUUCAACGAAACCAGGCGACAUAUCAGGAAAGGAUGUUCCUAAACCGUCUCCGGACCAUGCUGACUUGACUCACACAGCUACAGAUAUCCUGAAGCUGGGAGUUCCUGAGGGCGAGCUGAGUGCACUGGAGAUGCUGAAGAUGGCUGCCUUGGAGGAGGACACAGACAUGCUAGACGACACCAAGCUGCUUGAGCUACACAUGAUGGCCAAGGACACUAAACACAAGGCAAAUACUGACUCACUCUCACAGAAGGGUCAGGCUGAUGAUGGUCAUGGCUUAGCUGAGAAAACAAUUUUGGAAGAAGAAGAAGAUACCAAAUCUCAGACCAUUGACUCUGAGGAACCACCAACCUUACUUCUUGAUGAAGACAUGAACCACACUCAACAUAAUACAGUCACUGGACUGGCAUUGAUACUGGACAAGAUGAACAAGUCAAAGGGUUUGGAAGGGAAGACACCAGGUAAAGGGAGGAUGUCAGGAGGUGCAGUUGCCAUUGGCAAACAUGGCAGUCCGGAACCCAUCUCCUCAGCUGACAUAAAGAAGCCGAAACUUGUAGACCCUCCUGUGGAGACAUUAGCUGAUUCACAGCCCAAAGAUAAGGUUCCAGAAGGUGACAAUGACACAGUUACCUCCCUUGAUUCUGCCAACUCCGAGAGCAGUGAGGAGCACACCAGGGGACACCACUCCCAGUCUGCCAUAUCUCUUUCCCAGUCAUUGCUGUCAUUCAGUUUACUGGACAAGAAGUAUGAUGAGAAUGAUGGGCCCUGGGACUUUGGAACCUUCUGUGAGAGGACUGGGAUAUCCCAGUUCAAGCCUAAGUGUAGCAGAAGGAGCAGCAUCAAUAUAUUACCGGCACUGCAAGCUGACAGUCUGCAGGAGGUGCUUUGUCUCCAGACACUGACCGCCACCGAGACACAGGUGAAGGACGACAUGUACGAGAGGCUUCAGCAACAGAUUGAAAGGGAUGAAGAAGAGGUUGAAGAACAACAGUGUAUUGUGUCCGAGAAGGAACCAACGCUCUUCAGUCAGCUGAGAAACUCACAGAUAACUAAGGAAGAGGUCCACUCCUGCUACAAGGCAUGUCAGCGCUCAGCUAAGGCCAAGAUGAAGAAGGAGCGUGUUGCCAUCUCAAAACAGUGUCUGUAUCACCUCAAGGAGGAGAAGGAGAGACUUUGUAUUGGGGUAAAUGAGGUGGUGACUCGGGCAGAGAGAGUCAUCUCCGACCUAUCAUCAAUAGACAACCUGCUGGCUGACAUAGACAGUCAGCUGGAAGACCUGGGGGAGGAGCCUACUGUCACAGAGGCAGAGGCUGAGGAAGUGGCCCGCCUCAAGGAGCACCUGCUCAUCAAGACACAAGAGUUAAGGAAGAGCGAAGAGGAGAAGGCACAAGCAUUGAGGCAGCGUAGUGAGUUGAUGCAGAGACAGUCGGACCUGGAGGCAGAGGGUCAGAGACAGGAGCUGCAGAUGCUGGAGGGCACACACACUGGUGACGGACUGGGAGAAGUGGAAGUGCUGCAGAACAGGCUCGGUGCACUCCACAGGGUGCUGGAGUGGAGGGUGAAGGAGCUUAGUCCUGCCCGAGAUGUGUUCCUGUUCCUGUAUGGUGGAGUAGAAAUGUCUGUCACCUAUGACCUGGUGCAACACAAGACAGUUGACUCUGUCGUCCUCAAGACACAUCUAGCUGAUGCUUCACCACCAUGGUCCCAUCUUGCAAGUCGUCUGGUCGUAGGUGGUGUGGACUGUGUGAGACUCCGGGACCGCUACUCCAACAGGGACCAACUACCACAGAUGCUGAAUGAGAUCUCAAGACUGACAGCAGAGGCCAGAAACCUAGCAUCCCAGAUCAGUUAUGCUGACCUGAAGCACAAAGUGGCCGUUCAUGACUACUGUGUGAGUGUGUCGCUCCUGAACACGCGGCGGGAGGUACGGAAGGUGGUGAUCACCUUCGUUGUGGAGCCAAGCACCUGUAAGGCAGUGGACAGUUCUGUGAAUGUUGUCAUAGGAACAAUAACAAAAGAGAGUGUUGCUGAUGUGAUAAAAGAGACGAUAUGUGGACCCGAGUUCCUCAUGAAAAGCAUUAGCCGUGUGCAGACAUUACUGGACAGCUGAAUACACCUUGUACAGGUGUUGUUACUCAUGAUUGUGCUCACACUAUGGACCUGGAGGGACUUCAGCAAUAUGGAAUUCUCUUAUGUUUGUUUACUUGUCAUCAUGGUCAUUGCUGUGAAAAAAUAUUACUGGUACUGUAGACACUUUUAUUUCUCAAGACUAGAAAACAUAAUUUACAAUUUUAAUAAUUAUUUUAAUGACUGAAAACUAGAAAACAUGAUACGAUUUUUAAAAAUGUUAAAUCUAUAAAGUGUCAAUAUAAUGUCAUGAUCUAUUCAAUUUAAAUUAGGGGUGUAAUUAUAUACUGCAAUGUUGCUUUAAGACGACACUACCAGAAUGCUCCAGCUGUUCGGUGCUAAUGUACCCUUAUCACUAUAUCAGGAAAUACAUUCAUUGUCAUUCA